GACGUUUUGUUACAAUAUGGCUGUCAAAAGUGGAGAAAUUUGUAAAUAAACAACAAACUUUAUAAAUUUAUAGUGAAAUAAUUAAAUUACAGAGGUUAACAGUUUAAAAUAAAAGCAUGAGUAAAAAGGUUCUUUCAAAGAUUACAACCGUUGGAAGUCGGCAGUUUUUUCUGUUAACGACGAUACCAGUGGAUAAAGAAGAUGGUUUUAGCUUGUUACUAACGGAUGGACAAUCAACAUGGACAGGAACUUUUUCAGCUGAUAAUAUGGACAAACAGCGUAAAAGGUUAAAAAUGGAUUUUACGUCGUAUUUUAAUCAAACAGAAAAAGCUUUCAUCAAAGAUGAUGAUGAAGUGAAUUUUGAAUACAGUGUUAAAAUUAAAAAUGAUGAUACGGCUGAAUUGGUGUGGAAGAAACACGUCACCUCAGAUGAUAUUAAGUUUCAGUUAGGAUGUAUAACUCUAAUGUUAAAAGAUGACCCAGGGACUGGUAUAUGUACGAUAUUUAAUCAUAGCAUAGUCAACAGUGAACGAGAUCAACAUCAACUUAAACAGCUAGAAACAGAUAAUAACAGACUGUCACAAGAACGGAUGAUGGCGUUAAAGAGGCUAGAAAAAUGUGUUGCUGCAAAAGAAGAAAUGGAAAAAGAUUUAUUUUCAAAGUUUGUGGCCAUAUUAAAUAGUAAAAAAGAAAAAAUAAGAAAUUUAAAAGAAAAUGGUUCAGGUGAUGGUGAUGAUAAUGAGAAAGAUGAUGGAACAUCAGUGUCACAGUCGAAUUCUACUCGAAAUGGAAGACAAAACAGAGAACAACGGGUUGAAACAAAUAAAGAAGAAAGCGAUAAAGAAGAAAAUACAGAUGAGGAAGAGACGCCACCACCUAAACGUCAUAGAAAGAAUGUGGGACGUAAAACUGGUGAUCUAGAUUCUUCGUUAGAUUUAGGGGAGGACGAGAUUACAUCAUCAUCUUCUACAAUAGUUAAAAGGUCAGCUAGAAAGAGAGGAAGUGUAAGAACAGCGACACCAAGUAAACCUAUUUUACCUAAAAUAACUAGAAAUACAUCCAAUGACAGUUAUGAUGGUGGUCGAGGUCGGAUGAGUAAAAGUAGUUCUAAUAAUUCUAAUGUAUCUAAUAUAGAUCCUGAAGAUUUGUUCAGUGAUUUGUAGACAUGUUUCAGUGGUUUUAACCAAGGCAGCACUCAUUAUAAUUUUAUACAUCUUCUCUUAACUUGUACAUGAUUUUAUAAUACGGGAGAACUGCACAGUAAAACAUAGACAGUACAGGAAAACAGAAUAGUACAUAACUGUUUGUAUCUGGUAGUAUUUAUCAGACAUUUCAAUCAGUUUCUAAUCUGCUUGAUACUGAAAUUUGAGAGGAAUGGACAACUGUAAUAAUAGGAGGUAGCCAUUGUUUAGGAUCCAGACAUAAUGUUGUGUAUUAAUUUUAUAAUUUGUAUAUAAUGUUGUGUUGUAUGUUAGAUAUAUAUUAUAAACAUAUUUCUAUAGGCUACCUGUAUGUUACCUAUACAGGUGUAUAUAUUUAUAGCUUCACUAUAAUAAUAAUAAUAAUAAAAACUUUAUUUAAUGAGGCAACGUAUUUAGUUUGCAAAAAAAAAACUAAUCUUCCAUAGGUCCCUCCUAAACUACAAAGACAUAUAUACAUGUAAUAUCAGGAUAAAUUUAAAAUCAUUAGAAAUGCAAUAGCAUUUUAAAGUGGGAAGUUUGAUAAGUCACUCCCAAACUACAAAACAUAUACAUUAUACAAGUAGAAUAUAGGAAGAACACUAUAAUUACACACAAAAUAAAAUAGAAUGCUGUUGCAAGUUAAAAAUAAUAAGUAUGUCAUCAGUUGAAUAUUAUGGUUCCUACAGUGUGCAAAAUAGAUGAGUUUUCAGUUUAAUCUUAAAAUUUUCAACAUUUUUACACAUCUUUAUAUCAAAAGGCAGAUUGUUCCAUAAAAGACAUGCACUCACCAACAACAAAAGAAUAGGUGAUAUAAUAUUUCUUAUAUACAUUGUAUCUUUAAUACACAGUGACAUGUACAAGGUGAGUAACAACAGUCAUAAUAUACUAGUUUACAAAUAGGACAGGUGACAUAUUCAUGUACAAGCUUAAUAAGAAGUCAUAUACUAUUCUACUGACAGGACAGGAGGAUCAAUAGGUAUAUACUAGUCUACUGAUAGGGCAGGAGGACCGCACCACACAUAAACAAAAUACACUCAUGAGAAACACGUGGACAACACACACAACAUACACAUACAAUUUAAAUAAUAAAUGAAAAACUUACAAUCAUCAAAUCAAGUGAAUUGACCCGGGGACCAGUCGUUCGUCUCCACUGUUCUUUACAGAACCAGGUCUGAUUAGUUUAAACAAUAUUUCAUUCAUUCACAGAACCAGGUCUGGUUAGUUUAAACAGUAAUAUUUCAUUCACAGAACCGGGUCUGGUUAGUUUAAACAGUAUUAUUUCAUUCAUUUGAAAGAGAUCAAACAACAGACACGGUGUAUAAAAGUUAUAUAUGUUUUAUUCUAACAGAUGUCUUUUCUUAUCGAAUCACAAACUUCAGAAUGUAACAAAAUCAUUUCACUCGGGAUUCCAAGUGAACAAUUUGAAAUGUAUUAUUGAACAACGAUAA